AAAGCCAUUUCGUUCUCGUCAAUUAGAUCGGCUCGUUUGGAAACAUCGCGCAUACAUACAGUUCCGAGAAUAAAUGGACUCUCCGCAUAGGAAAACAACGCGCAAUUGAGUUUCAGUUUCGAUUCUUUAAGGAAAUUCUUGGCAUCAUGUCGACAGUAUAUGAAGACAUUGUGAAGUUCGUCGCGAGCAAUCUUAAAUGUUCGAUUUGUUUUGAGAUUUUCACAAAGCCAGUUACUCUAGUUUGCGGGCACAACUAUUGUCAGAAGUGCAUCAAAGAAUAUUUGAAAAACGCAAAGAGAGACUGCCCACAUUGCCGAAAAGAUGUAAGCAAUAGUAAACUAGAAAUUAAUUUUACUCUUUGUGCCAUUCUGGAAUUACAGGAGCUUGGUGGUCGCGAGAGAUGGGAGCAGAUUCUGACAGAAGUGGAUCAAGAAUAUAAAGCGCAACAGACUGGGAGAACUAAUACUAAAGUGGAGAGUUUAAUUAAACAUCUGGAUUGGUUAAAAGCGGAGAUCAAAAAGACAGAAGACAAACUUUCAGCUGAACUAAAUUCAAACCAGGCAUAUGAGGAUGGGAUUGGCAUUUCUAAAAACCUGACUUCUUCGCUUGAAGCUUCCACUUCAUCUCUAUACAGUGAUGCUGCAAUCUGUGCUGACACGAAUUCUAGUCUGGCAUCAGGAGAAAAUCAGGAGCAACUUUCUCAGCCUGAAGAGGGGAGUUCACAGGAGUUGGUAGAGGAAGAUCCAAUGGAUUCAGACUCACUGCUUGAGGAUGCUCGUCUACCUCCUAGUGCAGAAGCACUGCAGUACAACAGGAACAGUGCUGAGGCUGCUCCUAAUGCAGAGUUUGCCGAGCUUUCCUUCUCUCCCCACCUGGGAAACAGGCGUUUGUCUUUUUUAACAGAGAGCCGUACAAUAAAGACUCAGCCUAGCCAGCAAGUUAGAACUUCAAAUGGCCGGUUUGAUGACUGUCAGUGGAUGGCAGACCAGCAAUUUACAGGUGGACGGUUUUACUGGGAUGUGAACAUCACAGGCAGCACUGGAUGGGCUGUUGGUGUGGCACUUAACAAUCUAAAGCAUAAUGAGAGGUUGGGAAGAACCUCCUCAUCUUGGUGUUUGGAAAAGAGCAGCGGGCAACUGAUUGCUUGCCACAAUAAUACGAAGACCUGUAUAAAGCAUAGUGUCCCUAAAAGUAUCAGAGUUCUGCUGGACAUGACUAAUGGGCAACUAUGCUUUCAGAGUCUGUGUGAGAACCUGCUUGAAUUACACAGUUUCCAGGUGGAUUUAGCUACCCCUCUCAGUCCUGUCUUCUGGCUCUAUGGGUUGUCCAGUAAUUCUUUAUCCUUUCCUAGACCUUAUGUUUAGGAUUAAGUAGAUCCUUAGAGUUUACACUGCUUUAGAUACUACUGUUUGAUUGCACAGUAAACUGUUUCCAUCAUAUCAGUAUCUUGAAUCAGAAUUUUUUUUUUUUUCAUUGGUCUACCUUUUGCUGUUGUUUUUUUAGCGGUUGCUUUCUGACAUUUAAUCAUUAAGCUACACAACCCUGUAUGUAGUCUACUGGCUGAAGACACAUUUCUUUCACUAGGACUUAACUUAUUCAUAACCUUAAAACAAUUUUAUUUUAAAUAAAAGUCAUAUUGUGGAACUACUAAUAUUGUUGGCCUUUCACUUUUAUGAUACAUUUCAAAUGAUGUUUCUGUCUUGUAUUUGGAUGCUUUGGAUAAAAGUGUCUGUUAAAUUAAUCAAUGUAAAUGGACGUUAUAUACUGGUGUAAUAUACUGGAAACUCUAUGGCUCGAAAUGGUUGAAUAAAAUUAAAGGUGCACUCAGUAA